UACGUGCGCGUUCUCGUCGGGGGGAAUUAGUACUGCGCAGUUCGGCUUCAGUUGCAGAGCGGAGUACGUGACAGAGAAUCUCGGCACCCCAGAUCAACUCAGUUUUGGCACAAAAUGGUUGCGAAACAGAUAAGCGUUUAGUCAACUGUUCCUGGAUCAGCGCACAGGGUCCAUACUAUUCGUUGCCUACUAGAAUUCCUAGCCAAUACGUCAUACUUCGUGCGCAUGCCCGUCUGUUCUGCUGUCCUCUCAAAGCUGUCAGUGACCGGAUAGAGCUGCUAAAGCCAAAGGAUAACGGUAACAACACUAUCAUCCCGAAUCGGAUCGAUUGUAAGCUUCGAUCUUUUACCCCACCUCUCAUUAAUGACUUAUGUACCAGGAAGGAGUGGUUUGACUUAAGUUGAUUUCCUCACCAUCGUGCAUGCAUUUGUUUCAUUUUCAACAGAGGCUGUCAGUGCAACGCUGUGCGGGAUAGUCAUAUGUUCCUCUGUAGCUUGGCAGCGAGCGCAGUAUUCUUGCACCGCCACCGGGUGAUAUUUUCGCAUUGAGAUCUACCGGGGCGUUCUGUAAUAAUGACGGCGAGAGAAUUCAAAACGGGCUUCUUGCAGCUUUGUCAAAAUCUGCAAGAUCCGCACCUGGUCGCGAAAUUUCAGCAGUUUUGCGGGGUGCGAGGGACCUUUCCUAGGAAAUCAAACGAAACAGUAGAACGGGAAGCUGAACAACUGCACAACGGCGACUGCACUAAUCACUGCCCGGGUGAAGGUGAAAACGUACAGGGGGACAUUGACGGUUGCAGGAAAGACGGCACCCGGCAGAGGAGAGGCACCACAGAGGGAAGUAGCCUAAAACAGGAUGACUGUGUUAACGGCCUACUUAACGGAGCAGCAGCGCUGAUCACCAGCACCAGCGAGACAGAGGGGAACAGCGUGAGCAGUCGCCUAGAUCGUGCCAGAGAUGGCGGUGAUGCACGAGAGAGCCACCCGGAAGGCAGCCCGGAGAAUGGGCGCGAGACGACGUGCCACCCGUCUGAACUGUGCGGCAGCGCGGACGAGAGUGCCAGGGGCAGAGUCAAGCCCUUGCGGAAGAACUCUCUAACAGGUGACGGCGGGCAGGAGUUCAUCAUCGAGAACAAAUUUCUCUUCUACCUGUUCACCUUCGGAACCGAGCUGGGCAACGAGAUGUUCUUCAUCGUUUUCUUUCCCUUCUUGAUGUGGAACGUGGACGCCUACGUAAGCCGGCGGCUCAUCGUGGUUUGGGUUUGGGUCUUGUUUCUGGGCCAGUCCACGAAAGACCUCAUCCGCUGGACCAGGCCGGCCUCUCCGCCCGUGGUCAAAGUGGAAGUGUUCUACAACUCGGAGUACAGCAUGCCCUCCACCCACGCGAUGUCCGGGACCGCUAUCCCAUUCGCGCUGUUUAUGCUGACAUACGGCCGGUGGGAGUAUCCCUUCAUCGUUGGCCUGGGUAUUGCUCUGUCCUGGAGUAUCCUGGUGUGUGUUAGCAGAGUCUACAUGGGAAUGCACUCUGUUUUGGAGGUCAUCGCCGGGUUCCUGUACAGCGUUCUCAUCCUGGUGGUGAUUCAGCCGCUGCUGGACCCCAUCGACAGCUUCUACCUGACGUCCCCCUCCGCCCCACUGGUCAUUGUCAUCACUCAUGUGGCCCUGGGCUUGCUGGCGUUCACCCUGGACUCCUGGAGCACGUCCCGUGGUGACACUGCCCAGGCCUUGGGCACGGGUGCAGGGGCCGCCCUGGCCUCCCACCUCAACCACCUGCUGGGCCUGGCGCCAGACCCGCCUUUGUCCAGCCUGCCCUUUCCCCUGCAGCCUCUGACCGCCGCCCUCGUGGGCCGGGCCCUGCUGAGGCUGGCAGUGGGCGUGGCGGUGCUGCUGGCCACGCGCGCCGCCAUGAAGGCCCUGACCAUCCCGCUGGUGUGCCGUGCGGUGGGCGUGGCCUGUGAUGACGUGCGGCGGGCGCGGCAGCACAUGGAGGUGGAGCUCCCCUACCGCUACAUUGUCUACGGCACCGUGGGCUUCAGCUGCGUCUUCCUGGUGCCCCUCCUCUUCAGCUGCCUCAACCUGUCCUGAGGACCACCUCCCUAUGACGCGCCCUCUAGCCCAGUCCCGCCCCCAGGUCUCUGCCCCUUUCCUUGCCAUUUGGAUCAGAAUGCAUUGAUUCCUAAACCUGAAGGGAAAGUACGGUGGACUGGGGGGGGACCACUGGGACAAACAAGAAAGUGGCCAAUCAAAUCACGCCAUGCCAUCAUCACUUUGUGCUUCAAAUUUUUUGUUUUGUUUUGCUUUAUUAAUUACCAAUGGUUGUCAUUCCGCUGCCUCUCCUAAAAACACCAGAUUCGGGAUUCUUGAACCUUCAGAGCCACCCCCCCCCCACCCUACUCCACUGACCCCUGAUAUCCCACCUGCAGCAGCAGGUCAGGGGUUCUUUGACGUGACAAGCUCGACAUACACCUAUUGUUAUGCAGACUUUUUCGUGCCAUGUAGUGGGGUAUGGCUUCUUUCGCGUCAAGUCACGUUUGAGGUCUGUUCGGGCCCUGGCUGCUUCUCCAUGGCUGCGUUCCUGCUCACCCCCACACACACCCUGCCCGAAGGCCACAGCACACCCAUUGUUUGUCCCUCGAACAACAACAGGCCUGCUUCCCACACUUUGUACCCCUCAUUUUCAAAUCUUCUUUGUAAUCUGUUCCUACCUUGAAAGCCAUCCAAGCAACUCUGUGUUUCCCUGAGGGCCCUGAGGGUAUUUUGCUGGCAGGUUCUGUUGAUUGUGAAAGGUGAAAAGAACUGUGAAUGGGCAUGUGUGGUUUUGAGGGCAUCAACCCAAAGGGCAGACAUGCCCCCAACCCUUUCUGUUCAAUCAAAGGCCUCGCCCUGUACAUACAACAGUCCACAGCAGGGGAUGCCAUGGCGUAGAGUAGACACCCAGUCAUGCGAUCUUAUUUUAAAUCCAGAAUAAAGCAGGUGAAGAAACUACAGCAGCUUCCAUCAACAUUAAUCAAAACAGGCAAUUGGUUAUUCCGUAAAAAUUUUUUUCUUUAUUUUUGCCUUUUCCAUAUUUUUACAUGAAUGAUGUCAGAGUGGCCCCUAAAUCAGUUUCACAGACAUGCCAGCACGCAUCUGAUGGGACACUAAAGCACAAAAAAGCGUAUAGAUUUGUCAGCUUUUUAACACAAGUAUGCCACUCGAGUAUGCAUCAGAUAUGCUGCACUGCGUCUUGUAUAGUGCAGAGCAUUACUUCCUGUA